GAAAAGAACUUCAGCUUCUUCUUCUUUAAGCUCUUAUCCUGAAUUCCUGUGUUCACUGGAUUAUUAUUUCUCAUGGAAUCCGUUUCCUUCAAAUGGCUUUUCCUUUCGUUUCUUUUCCUUUCUUCGGCACACUCAGCUUUGUGCACCGUGGAUGGAGUGAACGGUGGGAAAGUAAGAGGUGUGAACUUGGGUAAUUGGUUGGUUAUUGAAGGAUGGAUGAAACCUUCACUAUUUGAUGGCAUUAUCAACGAAGAUAUGCUUGACGGAGCAAAGGUUCAGUUUAAAUCUCUGAGCACAAAAAAAUAUGUAUGUGCAGAGGAGGGAGGGGAUUCCGGCGUUGUCACCGUAGACAGAGAAAAAGCUAGUGGUUGGGAAACUUUCAGAUUAUGGAGGGUAUCUCCAUCGGAAUAUCAACUUCGUUCUUUUAAAGGGCAGUUUCUAUCCUGUGCUGGUCAAGGGGCCUCUGUCACCGCAAUAUCGGGAUUACCAUCUUUAAAAGAAACGUUUACUAUUGAAAGAUCUGGCAAUGGUCGAGUUCGUAUUAAACAUUCUAGCGGUAUAUAUAUACAGGCAUCUUCUGGAAAUAAUCUGAAAGCAGACUAUGUUGGGACCCCAGCAUUUGAUGAUGGUAAUGCCGCCAUAUUCGAAAUGACUUUUGAUGGUGGCCGUUUGCAAGGAGAAUACCAGCUGUCUAAUGGGCAUGGACCUGAAAAAGCAAAACAAGUGCUCACUGAACAUAGGAACAGCUACAUUACACGAGAAGACUUUCAGUUUCUUAGCCAAAAUGGAAUAAACACCGUGAGAAUUCCUGUUGGGUGGUGGAUUACCAAAGAUCCCAAUCCACCAGCUCCUUAUGUUGGGGGAGGUUUGGCAGCUCUAGAUAAUGCAUUCAAAUGGGCACAGGAGUUUGGCAUGAAAUGCAUUAUCGACCUUCACGCAGCUCCAGGCUCCCAAAAUGGAAUGGAUCACAGUUCCAGUCGUGAUGGUUUUAUUGAAUGGACGAAAUCGGAUAAUAUCCAGCAAAGCCUCGAUGCAAUCCAAUUCCUAGCUGCCAAGUACGGAAGCGAUCCAUCUUUGGUGGGUAUUGAGCUUUUGAAUGAACCACAUUCUCCUGAAGUUCCUUUGGAUACUGUACUGAAUUACUACAAAGACGGAUAUAACAUUGUGAGGAAACAUUCAGCCACAGCUUAUGUAAUAAUGAGUCAGAUGAUUGGCCCUGGAGACCCAGCUGACAUUUAUAAGGCCAACACGGGUAAAAGCAACGUAGUAUUGGACUUGCACUACUAUAAUCUCUACGAUGAUAAAUUCAAUAAUAUGAGCACACAGGAGAAUAUCGAUUUCUUGUAUAAUACCAGGAAAACUCAAAUGGAUUCCCUAAAGUCUGCCGAUGGACCAUUGGUGUUUAUUGGGGAAUGGGUGAACGAAUUUGGCAGAGGUGGGUCUCAAGAGGAUUAUCAAAACUUCGGUAGAGCACAAUUGGAUGUAUAUGGUUCAGCUUCUUUUGGAUGGGCAUAUUGGUCAUUCAAGAAUGUUCAACAACAUUGGUCUCUCGAGUGGAACAUCAAUAACAAUUACCUGCAGUUAUAGGAAAAUUCACCAAGUAAGGAAAGUAUGAAGCAAUUUUCGGCUACUCUGCAUGGUUGGCGUGUAGUCACUUAAGUGUAUGGUCCUGAUUUGGGACACUAAUGAAUAAGAAUAAAUAAACUCUACAUUGUAAUCAGUUCCCUAGCAGGAUUUUGUUUCCAUUUGCUAAUAAUUGAAUAACGUAAGUACUCGAUAUGUAACUAAGAAAAGUGAUGCUUUAUAGAUAUGAUUUUAUAAUGAUUUUCUAUUAUUCCA